AUGCAGGCGGAGGCCAGAGGGGAAUUCUGCAGCCGGGACCAGCGCCCUGAGCUUGGCAAGGAGCCACUGGUCCCGGAGUGCCCUGCAGGGACCCCGACCCACGGGCCGGCCCAGGAGACCCCCCGAGUCCCCGCGGAGGAGCAGGGUGGCAUCCCCAUCCCCAGCGCCGGCCUGCUGCAGGUCACCGAGCGCCGACGUGAAGUCUCCUGCCAGCCCUUGGUUCUCCUGCCUGUCCCCGAGCCCCUGAGCAGCGUGUCUUCGCUGGAGGUGCACUUCGACCUGCUGGACCUGACGGAGUUGACGGAUAUGUCGGACCAGGAGCUUGCCGAGGUCUUCGCCGACUCCGACGAGGAGAACGUGGCCGGAGAGACGGCCGGCGGGCUGCAGCCGCCGGCGGUGCCGCGGGCCGGGUACCUGCGCUCGCCCUCCUGGACCCGCGCGCGGGAGCAGGGCCGGGACAAGAAGCACCUGAGUGACCCCGAGCUGCCGCCGGGACCCCCGGACGCCUUCCUGCCCGCCGAGCGCCCGCGGGAGCCGUAG